AAGUGGUGAGUGUGUUAGACCAUUCGGGCCCCGUGCACGGCUGACUUCUCUCCUGGUGUCCCUGCUCUGCAAAGCUGAAGACUUUGAAGAUGAGGGUGUGGGUAGUCUUCCUCCUGUGCCUGGCCGGCCGCGCCUUCGCUGCCCCUGCCGAGGAGGAGUACUUCCUGGAGGAGCUGGUCACUGAGGAGCCAGUUGUGGAGGAGCCUGAGGUGGGAGCCAACCCGGUGCAGGUGGAGGUUGGAGAGUUUGACGAGGCCAUUGAUAUUAUUGAGGACGUUGAUGCUGAAAAUGCUUGUGUCAACUAUCCCUGCAAGAAGGGUAAAGUGUGUGAGGUGGAUGAGGGGAACACCCCCAUGUGUGUGUGCCAGGACCCCUCCACCUGCCCCGCAGCCGAGGGAGAGUUUGAGCAUAUCUGCGGCACUGACAACAAGACCUACGACACCUCCUGCCACUUCUUUGCCACCAAAUGCACCCUGGAGGGAACCAAGAAGGGCUACAAGCUGCACCUGGACUACAUCGGGCCCUGCAAACUCAUCGAGCCCUGCAUGGACAACGAGCUGAACGAGUUCCCCAUGAGGAUGAGGGACUGGCUGAAGAACGUUCUGGUGACUCUGUACGAGCGCGACGAGGACAACAACCUGCUGACCGAGAAGCAGAAGCUCAGGGUGAAGAAGAUCUACGAGAACGAGAAGAGGCUGGGCGCCGGCGAUCACUCCCUGGACCUGCUGGCCCACGACUUCGAGAAGAACUACAACAUGUACAUCUUCCCCGUCCACUGGCAGUUCGGACAGCUCGACCAGCACCCCGUUGACGGAUACCUGACCCACUCCGAGCUCGCCCCCCUGCGCGCUCCUCUCAUUCCCAUGGAGCAUUGCACCACCCGCUUCUUCGAAACCUGCGACGCCGAUGCCGACAAAUACAUCGCCCUGGAUGAGUGGGCCGCCUGCUUCGGCGUCAAAGAGCAGGACGUGGACAAAGACCUCGUCAUCUAAGCUCCUCUAACAAGAUGCAGCCGUGCGGCAGAAAACUGCAGUCGCUACUAACCGGACAAGGUGCUGACCAACCAGAAGUUUAAAUAAAAUGAGAGUAAAAGGUGCUAAUUGCUAAUUCUUGUUUCCAGUUUAUCUUUAAAUAUGGAUCUUUCCUGCCUAUACCACUAAAAAAUAUUCCAAAAGAGAAACGUGCACAGUUUGUACUAACCAUGAAAACACGAGUUGUUUUAAAUAAAACACCUUGCAAAGAAAAAAACUAAAGAACCUCUGAUGUAAAUUUACAUUGUUGACAAUAUUAUAUGGUGUCUAUGCUAUGAUGUGUUCAGGGCUGUUUUUUUUUAUUGGAUCAGUUUGAAACAUUGUCCCUCCGGAGGAUCAAACUGUAAAGUGGAAAAUAAAGUUUCUAAAUAAACGCUCCCUCUGCUUGCUUUCUACAAAA